AUGUUCAAAUUUGUUUCCUUCUUUGCUUUGCUUGCCAUUGCCGUAGCUGCUCCUGGAUUUCUAGCUGAAACUCAUGUUGUUCAACCUGUAGUAACUAAAGUGGCUCAUACCGUACCCUCGGCUGUGUCUCAUCACAGUUUCUCUCAAGUUCACAGCAAGGCUCAUAUUGUUACACCUGUGGUGAAAACUGUACACACUUAUGCUGCAGCUGCUCCCGUAAUCAAAACUGUAGCCACCCCAGUAGUCCACACUUAUCAUCAUACAGCCCCCGUAGUCAAAUCUGUGCACUCCUAUCACUCAGUUCCCGUAAAAACUGUUAGCACCCCUGUUGUUCACACUUAUGCUGAAGCUGCUCCUGUGGUCAAAACUGUAGCCUCUCCUGUGGUCCACACUUAUCAUGCUGCUCCCCUAGUUAAAACUGUUGAAGCUCCAGUGCUCCAUACUUAUGCUGCCACUGCUCCUGCUGUAGUAAAGUCGGUUGAACACGUUGUCCCUGUGGUCAAAACUGCUUCUCAUGUCAAUCAUGCUGUUUCCCAUCAAAGCCACGCCAUAACUCAUCAAUCUCAUGUUGUUAAAUCUAUUGUAGCUGCUCCAGUUGUUCCUGUAGUUCAUUCGGCUCCCGUUGUUAAGUCCAUUUAUGUUCAUUAAGUUAUUAAUUGAGUAAUUGAUUGUACGAUUUUGUUAGACGAAAUAUUAUUAAUUUAUUGUUGUUUCUUUUUCUCGAUUAUAAAUAAAAUAAAUAUUUUAAAGAAAA